CCCCAAAUCAAUUUUGUGUGUUAGAGAGAGAGAGAGAGAGAGAGAGAGAGAGAGAGAUAUUUCUAGGGUUUGUUCGAUUCUCCGACAACGAUGAUGAAUCCCGAGGAUGCGAAGGCGAAACGAGAUUCGACGGAGGUGGAAUCUGACUCUUCUGUCUCUAAAAAACCGAAGAUCGAAGAUGAAGAAGACGACACAAGCAUGGAAGAAGAAGAAGAAGAAGAAAGCGAUAACGAAGGCUUAUGGAGUACCGACGAUGAUGACGUCGUAAGGUCUCCGACGAUUAACUAUUCAAACUAUCGAGAUCCGGAUCCGGUGUGGGAUGUUGACAGUUACGACGAACACGAAUUGGUAUUCGAUGCUGACGGCCGUGAAGGUUUCUCCAGCGACAAGGCGUACGCAGAGUUCCGCGAGUAUAAAACCAUGUGCUUUAAGAAUAGGGGGUUUUUAGAUGAUCCAUUUAGAUCCAUCUACCCAAUGAGAAACCUGGACGAUCUCUGGACAACCAUGACUAAGAGGCAAUAUUUGACUGAUAUUGCUUCGCUGUGUGUUAAGAAACUCAACGAGGAGCAGCGUUUGUCUGUGGAAGUUGUGAGCAUUGUGAGAGGCAAUCUAAAACCAGGAGAUGGGUGGAAGCUGUACAUCACUUUUAUGGCUCGUGAGUCUCCGGGUGGUCCUCUCAUCGAGUAUCAAGCCAAGGCCUUGGAUUUUGGAGGAAAACCUCCCUUUCCCAUUCUCUGCAGGCGUGCCUCUAGCAUGCCCCUUUAAUCAAGAUUGGGUAUGAUGCUAGCUCUUCUCUUCUUGGCGACGAUGAAGAUCAAAAUAUGUCUUUCCAGUUAUAAGUACCAUGCGUCCAUGUGGAUUUAGUUUUUUUUUUAUUUUAUUUUGGCGUUCAAACUUAUGGCCCUACCUUUUAACUUGCAUCGUAUGAUUAUGGAUUUCCACAAUGGUUGCUAUGUUAUAUUCAAUGUUUAUUUUAUAUU